AUAUGAAAAUAUUUAGUAUGCUAAAUAUAUAAACACGUACCACAACACUAUUUGGUGUGAAAAAUGGAUAUCGGUAGUUCGUUGGUGGAUACUUGUCCUGGAAACCUUCAGGGGAUAUCAGGUUACUUGUUUAUAAGUUUAAUAAACAGUUUGGUACAAUCGAAAUGUAAGUUAGGAUCUAGAGAAGCUUACAAUGAAGAUUAUUCUUCACAAAUUCACGAUGGAGACGAAUUUGAUUUUAUAGUAAUAGGUUCAGGAUCAGCAGGUUCUGUCGUUGCUAAUAAAUUAAGUGAAAAUGACAAAUGGAAAGUUUUGGUCUUGGAAGCUGGAGGAUAUCCUUCAGCUGUUAGUGAUAUACCAGCUCUUCUUUUUUACCUUCAAGGAACCGACGAAGAUUGGCAAUACAAAACUGAACCUUCCAAAACUUCUUGUUUAGGUUUCAAAAACGAGCAAUGCAGUUGGCCGCGAGGAAAAGUUUUUGGAGGUAGCAGCGUUCUCAAUGGAAUGUUAUAUAUUAAAGGUAAUAAAAGAGAUUACGACCAUUGGGCAGAGCUCGGUAAUACCAAUUGGGAUUGGGAAAAUGUGAAGCAGCAUUUUAAAAAAUUAGAAAAUAUGCAAGAAGAAAAUGUUAGCGAUCAAUAUGGAAGAGAAGGUUUAAUGAAACUGUCAAGAGUCCAUGCAGAUGAGCCAUUCGUAGAAUCCUUACGCGAAGCUUUCACAUAUUUAGGGUAUAGAAAUCUACAAGAAGAAGAUCCUACGAAUCCUUUAGGAACAUUAGAAGGGUUUCAAUGCAUCGAUGACGGGAUAAGAUAUAACACAGCUAGAGCUUUUUUGGGAAAAGUUAAAGAACGUCCAAAUCUAUUCACUUCUCUACAUUCUUUCGUUAACAAAAUAUUAAUAGAUCCUGCUACUAAAACCGCAAUUGGCGUCGAAGUUAAAAUCGGUGAAAAGAUUUUAAAAGUAAAGGCUAAAAAGGAGGUUAUUUUAUCUGCCGGUUCUAUAAAUUCUCCGCAAAUUCUCAUGUUAUCAGGCAUAGGACCCAAGGAACAUUUAGAAAAUUUAAAUAUAAAGGUAUUCAAAGAUGCUCCUGUUGGUUACAAUUUAGAAGACCACAUGUUAAAUAUAGGCACAUUAGUAACAUUUGCUCCAGAAGCUUUCAAUUUGAAAAAUAAUCAAGACGAAUUAUAUAAAUACUUUAUGUAUCAAAAAGGAGAUUUAGCUUCUGUGGGUAUAUUGAAUUUUUGGAAUUUCUUCAAUACAAAAAAUGAUUCGCAAUAUCCUAACGUCCAAAAUCAUUUAGUUGCUUUUCCGUUGAACGACGAAAAUUUCUUAGAAAAUGUAUUGAGUUCUUUUGGAGAAAAGGAACACAUUUUGAAAAGUAGAGUACAUGCAGUGAAAGGUCGACCAAGUGUAGUGAUUAGCAAUACACUUUUGAACCCCAAGUCAAAAGGUAGGAUUACUUUGAAAAGCGGCGAUCCUCAAGACAAACCUUUGAUAAAUUCAGGAUAUUUCACUGAUGAAAAUGGUGAAGAUUUGCAAACAUUUUUGGAAGCUAUAAGAUUCGUAGAGAACCUUUUGGAGACACCUCCUAUGAAAAAAUUCGAUCCGCAAAUAGUAAAAGUUGACCUUCCCGAUUGCGAUCAAUACGAAUACCGUUCAGACGAUUAUUGGAGAUGUUCUUUAAGACAUCUUACCUCUACUACUUACCAUCCAACAGGAACAUGUAAAAUGGGACCUGCGGGUGAUAAAACUGCUGUGGUAGACCCCGAAUUGAGAGUACACGGUAUAAAAAAUUUACGUGUUGCCGAUGCAAGUAUAAUGCCGAAGAUUGUUAGUGCUAAUACGCAUGCUCCUGCUAUGAUGAUUGGUCAUAAAGCUGGUAUGAUGAUUAAAGAACGAUGGUUGAAUGAAAAAUUAGAAUUAUAAAGAAAAUUGUGAUAAAUUGUAAGGUGAUAAUUAAAAUAAAAUUUAGUACUAGUUUGGAAUAUA